AAUAAUAUCAUCUUAUCAUCAUCACCUAAUUUUGCUGCACCUUUGAUAUCAAGCCUAGCAGCAGCAGCCGCUACAACUACUUUCACUUUAUGGUGGUGUACCCUACAAAGCAACCCAAUCUAUGCGGAAGAUGAAAAGUCUCGAGGAAAUUCGCACGUUAUUGAAACAAUAGAGGACCCCGAUAGUAAACUCCAUUUUCCGAAACGUAUAACGUUGUAUGAUGGGGCUUCAGCGAGAUUAAUAGGCUUCGGAGUACGUACAUUGUCAUUUCUGAAAGUAAAAGCGUACGUUGUUGGAUUAUAUGUCAGGGAACAGGAUAUUAAGGUGCUUCGUAAUUGGAAGGAUUUUGAUAAAGAAAAGUUUUUGUCAACUGGUGAUGAAUCAAUGGCUCACGCAUUAUUAGAUCAACCGAUUGAGUUCGCAAUUCGUAUAGUUCCAAUGCGUGAUACUAAUGGUGCGCAUCUACGUGACGGAUUCACCAGAUCACUAACAAACAGAAUUCAGUACGUGGAUGAAGAAUUGACGGGUGACGAUCAAUCUAAAAUAGUGGACGCCAUAGCAGAAUUUAAAAAAAUCUUUCCAAAAACGGUUGUGAAAAAGGGGAAUGAAUUGAUAUUUACGAAACAGGUGGAUGGCUGUCUAAGAAUGGCGUAUCAUGGUAAAGAACUGGGCACAAUACAUAACCACUGGCUAGCAAAAAACUUGCUGAUGGGCUAUUUGGCAGCAAAAAGUCCCAUUUCAGAAAAGGCGAAAUUAAGCAUCGCAGAAGGUCUAGAAGAACUAUUUGCCGCUGACUUUGUUUUUUGA